AAUAUAUAUACAAUCUUUUAUGGAGUACAUUGUACUCCGUCAUUGUUUUUGAGGAGCGGAAUUGAAAGAGAUAUGGUGGUUGCAGUAGCCGGAGCAGUGAGAGCAGGAUUACUAGGGCAAGCUGCAGCUGCUUCUAGAAACACGGUCGUCUCCUUCAAUCGCCGCCGGAAAUGGUCUCCCGUAGUUUCCUACUGCUACUCUUCCCCUUCUUCUUCUUCGAGAAAAUUGAUAUUAUAUUCAAAGCCCGGUUGCUGUUUGUGUGAUGGCCUCAAAGAAAAGCUCGCCGCCGCUUUCUCCAUCUCCGGCUCCGAAUAUGUGGUUGAUUUAGAGGUGAGAGAUAUCACAACUAACCCCGAAUGGGAGAAGGCCUACCAAUUUGAGAUUCCUGUAUUGGCCAGACUCUGUCCUGAUGGCACCGAGGAAGUUCUUCCUAGAUUAUCUCCUCGGCUUGGAGUUGAGCUUGUUCGGAAGAAGAUCACAGCUGCAUUGGGUGAAUAAAUAAAUUAUUGAGGACUUGAAUGCAGGCUGAUGGGAGAUUUGUUUUCAUCUAGGGUAUGUCUUAUAGAAUGAGUUUAUAUUUUCAAUUUUAUUUUGGUUACUUUU